AGCAUUAGCUGAGCAUUGUGUCCUAUCUGGCUGUUUUCCUGCACAGCAAAGCAGUCAGUAGAGGCAUCUGCCCCCCACCCUCUCCGAGCACCACAGCAUCAUUGUGAGACCCCGCCUCAUCCCCUGUCCUUGUUUUUGCCUGUCAUUCUCACACACAGAACAGCCGCACUGCAAUGAAUGAGCAUCUACAGCUGAGGAACAGCCAAGGCGUUUCCAGAUGCCUCCCAGGAACCUGGCACAGGAUUUGUCUCCGGCUCUGACUACCCACACACCGGGGGCACUUGGUACAUUUCCUUAUUUACCCCCUUGCUGCAGAUCCCCGUCCUUUCCCGUACAAGCUAGAACGGCUCCUGUGUAUCUCAUGGGGGCUGCGCAAUGAAGCUCCUGCAAUUUCUAAGGAGAUGCCACCAGGGGAUUAUUCCGCCCAGUAAAUCCUUCUGUUCAGGAAAGCAAAGGUGAGAAGGGGAGGAUUGAAAAAUCCUUGCACCGGGGCGUCUGUGGGUUCUGAGGUGUGUCUGUGGGUUUGCGUUGCCUUGGGAUAAACAAAAGCACCAGACGGGAGCAAAAAGGAGAGUCAAGAUGUGCAGCAAAGCUAAGAGUAGCGAGGCGCUGAAGGUGGUGGUACGAUGCCGCCCUACCAACAGGAAAGAGGAGGCAGCUGGCUACGAGGGCAUUGUUGAUAUGGAUAUUAAACUGGGCCAAGUGACUAUGAGGCAUCCAAGGGCAAAUCCAGGGGAACUGGCAAAGACGUUCACAUUCGAUGCCGUAUACGAUGCCAGCUCGAAGCAGGCGGACCUGUACGAUGAGACAGUUAGGCCUCUUAUUGACUCGGUGCUGCAGGGGUUCAACGGGACCAUAUUUGCUUACGGGCAGACCGGCACCGGAAAGACCUACACUAUGCAAGGUGUUUGGGCCGAGCCUGAGAAAAGAGGGGUGAUCCCUAAUACUUUUGACCAUAUUUUCACUCACAUCUCCCGCUCCCAAAACCAGCAAUAUUUGGUGAGGGCGUCUUACCUCGAAAUCUACCAGGAGGAGAUCAGAGACCUUUUGUGCAAAGACCAGAAUAGGAAGCUCGAACUCAAGGAGAAUCCCGAGACCGGAGUUUACAUCAAGGACCUCUCGUCUUUUGUGACAAAGAACGUCAAGGAGAUCGAACAUGUCAUGAAUUUGGGCAACCAGUCACGGUCCGUGGCCUGCACAUAUAUGAACGAGUACAGCUCAAGGUCCCACACCAUUUUUGUCAUCACGGUGGAGUGCAGCGAAAUUGGAGUGGAUGGGGAAGAGCAUAUCCGAGUGGGGAAACUCAACCUGGUGGACUUAGCUGGCAGUGAGAGACAAAGCAAAACAGGAAUAAAUGGUGACAGGCCUAAAGAAGCUUCAAAAAUUAACCUCUCACUUUCAGCGCUGGGUAAUGUGAUCUCUGCACUGGUUGAUGGCAGAAGCACCCAUAUUCCUUACAGAGACUCCAAACUCACCCGCUUGCUUCAGGAUUCUCUGGGCGGCAAUGCAAAAACCAUUAUGGUGGCAACUUUAGGGCCGGCUUCGGUCAAUUACGACGAGACCUUGUCCACCCUCAGAUUUGCCAAUAGGGCCAAGAACAUCAAGAACAAGCCUAGAAUCAACGAGGACCCAAAGGACACAUUGUUGAGGGAGUUCCAAGAGGAAAUCGCUCGACUAAAAGCCCAGCUGGAGAAACGAGGGAUGCUGAGUAAGAAGAGAAGAAGGAACAGCCGCAGAAAAAAGUCUGUGGAUGGAGACGGCACUCCAGAUACGGAGGCAGAAGAAGACAAUGAAGACAAGCUCAUCGAGAAGAACGUAGGAAGUUACCUGAAGGAGCAGGCAGAGAGGAUUGAGCAGGAGAAGGCCGCCAUCCAAGAUGAUCACAGUCUAUUGGCAGAGGAGAAACUGAAGCUGAUAGAAGAGAAGGAGAAGAUGAUGGAUGAUCUGACCAAGGAGCAGAAAGCUACAGAGCUGCUGGCUGUGAAAUUCAAGGCAAUGGAGAGCAAGCUUCUGGUGGGAGGGAAAAACAUCAUGGACCACACCAACGAGCAGCAGAAGAUGUUGGAGAUAAAGAGGCAGGAGAUUGCGGAACAGAAACGCAGAGAGCGAGAGAUUCUGCAGCAAAUGCUCCUGCGUGACGAGGCGACGGUGGAUCUUCGGGGGACCUACACGUCUCUGCAGCAGGAGGUAGAAAUGAAGACCAAGAAACUCAAGAAGCUCUAUGCCAAACUGCAGGCAGUGAAGGGUGAGAUCCAGGACCAACAUGAUGAAUAUGUGCGGGUGAGACAGGACCUUGAGCAGGCUCAGAAUGAACAGACAAGGGAGCUGAAAUUCAAGUACUUGAUCAUCGAGAACUUCAUUCCGCCGGAAGAGAAAAAUAAGAUCAUGAACCGACUUUACUAUGACUCUGAAGAGGACCAGUGGAAAUUCCAGCCUCUUGUUCCCCCUGGAAAUGCCAGUGGAGGGAACGACACAAUGAAGAGGCGCCCAUCGUCUGCAGUGGGAUAUAAAAGACCAAUAAGUCAGUAUGCCCGGGUCGCCAUGGUAAUGGGGUAUCAUCCCAGAUAUCGGGCUGAAAACAUUAUGUUCCUGGAACUAGACCUGACCCCUCCUGCAUUGUUUGAGAUGGACUUCUCUAAGGAUCGGAGUGAGCAGGACCCCCGGGCCCUUCACUUGGAAAGGCUCACUCGCCUUGAUAGUCUCAUGGAGCGCCCGGCUGCAGCACGAGUCCGGAAGUCCAGGUCCUGGUGUCAGCAGCCGAAGCUUCUUCCGUCCUCAACCACCCACAUCUCCCUGACGUCGAGCAGCCAAAGGUGCCCUCUGUCUCCCACCCACGAGUAACACGGCCUUUACUCCAUAGCCCCACCCAUGCACUAAACUUUAUUCCAGGCUUUUGCUUCCAACAGACUAACCAGCCGGAUCUUAACCUUGUUAUUCUCAAUGGAGCUUGGAUCUCAGCUGAGCAAAGAACACUAUAAUUUAAUGGAUGAGCAUAUUUAUUUAUUUAUUGAUGUGGACGGGCCCGUGCUGCCUUCUAGUGGCACUUCCGGGUAUGCAGAGAAUUAAGGGCACGGGUAGUCGCAGCUCCCACGGGAGGGACAUGUGGUAUCUCUUGACUGUUACCUCUGCAUUCUCAGUAGGGCCUCGAGCCACAGAACUGUACAGUAAGGUGAUUAAUGUUGUGUUGUUAGUGCCCUCUCUCUACAAAGUCCUAGUGGACAGCCAAGAAAGAUCAUUUCCUGACAUCCAGAAACCAAAGGGGAACAUGUUCAGCCCAGUCUACACUUCAUCAAUAUAUUUGCCACCACUAGGACUGCUGCGUCCUUAUCUCCAGCCAUUGUGUGUGACUUACAUCCCAGCCUCGACAUCAUUGCAAGUGAUGGUCAUCAGGAUUUGGCCAAGUCUCAUUUUACAAAUGCCAGUGCCUUAACUCAAAGGCUUUCCAUCUACAGCUCAGUCUCUGACAAAGCCUCUCGAAUGUUCCACAAGAUUCCCUUCUCCAGUCCUAUGACACGGGCUUGCCUGGAGAUGAAGCACACUUGAGACAUGUCCUUCAAAGUAGUUUCCAGCUGAGCUCAGCACUGAUCAUAGUCCAGAAGGAGACCUGCUGCUACAGACUUGACCAUCCUGCUUAUAGUUACUCCAUGCUAGGAGGCCCCAUUUGCUUUCACGUUCACUCUAAAAUGGGCCGACCAAAAUAUUUCCAUGUCUGGACAUUCUUGAACUUACUUUUCAGCGUGAAGGAUCCAAGUGCAAGCUUAGCGUUCAGUCUAUGUCCGUCGGUUUUGUACAAAUGAGGUCUUUCUAAAGCAAAUCCUUUCUCGAAAGUAUGGACCAAGGUCAUGCCAUUGCCACCAAUCGCGAGCCUGUAACAAAAGAACUAGUUCUGGAGAGUACCUAGCACGUACCAUACCUGCAUGUCCGAGCAAACAUAUAACGGCAGGUACAUCUAAGGAGUUGUAUUUACAUAAUUAUCAGUACUGCCGACCUUUCGUGUAACCCCCCCAUGCUAAACCAAUGUGUAACCAGAUUGAUGUGGGACAGGUCUGGUCUCGGCUCCAUUUCUAUUGUAUCCUAGUGAGGGAGAGAUGAGAUGUUCCAAUGGGGAUGGAUUCUGUAUUUGUACAGUGGCUUUUAUCUUCCAUAUUUGUUCGCUAAGCAUAUUUGAUUAACAAUUACACCACCAUUGUUCCAUUUGUAUUUAGGCCUCAAUUUAAGACUCGUACUGGCCUUUGGUUUGGCGCCCUCACUUCUUUUGGCAUUAAAGCACCAGUAGCACCAUAAUGUGACAAUAUACACGAUAAAGUUAGUAUCAUCCUACACCUACAAAGAAACUGUUUGGUUUGCCACCUUUCUAUUGGAAUUUACUGCCCUUUGGGGAGCUGUGAUGUCACGCGUGUUGAUUAGUGAUGUCAUUGGGGCAAGGGAAUGGGCAGAUCAGGGGGAAGGAUGGUGGCAGUACCUAGUGAGAGCAGGGAUGGAGGACUUAAAGGGUAGGAAAGGACAGGUAAUUACCUGUACAUUGCUCUUACAUUUGUAUACUAUUUGGCCAGCAGUUACUGGUGAAAUACCAAGUGGCGACCCUAAUUGGCAACAAAGGUCCUAUUAUAUCUGAGAGAGGUUUCAUGCUGUAGAGGGCCAUGAAUGGCACAAAACAUUUUAUUAUCAUGCCCAUACAUAAUGGAUUAAAUUCGUGAAAAUAAAUAUAGCUCCUCCCUCUCCGGCCGCUACCACCACAUUGGGCCCCGUACAAGUAAGAUACUUAUUGUUCUUUCCCAAGACAGACAAUAUUAGGGCAGGACUUACUGAAUCAUUCUAGUCCAAUAUACAGGAAAAAGUCAGGGAGGGAACGUUGAUAACAAUAUAUAAAUUCAUACUACACUGUCGCCAUGGCAACUUCCACUCAUUUUUGCAUAAAUGCAACUAAAUCUUCACAAUAAGUGCGGUUUUCAUUUGCAAACAUAAAUGGAAGAUAGUCACUGCAUACAAAGGAUAUACUUCCCCUUGAAUCCCUGUCCUUUAGGGAAGGUUGUUCUAUAGAGUUCUAUGUUUAUAAAAGUGUUGUAAAAGCGUCAUUAAUUUGAUCACUUUAAUUCCACUCUAACAGGUUAUUAAACCAUAAAUUGACAUAAUGAUAAUAAUACAGUGAUUAUGAGUGACGGGUGCGCUAUUCUUAUUCACGGUGUCGCGCCGAGGAACCACGGCCCCCACGUCGGAACUCUACAACUGGGGGGGGGGGGGGGGGUGUGGGUUCAACUGCAGGGGUAUUAAUGUGUAUACUGUAUGGUGCAAUAAUACUCAGUAUGUCUAUGCAGACGCAGAAAUGUACAGAUGUUUUGUGUCCAUAAAUUUCCAUAAUUAUAUUCAUGCCCUCGC